AACAUAAACAACGCAUUUCGUUCGUCUGAUAGAUAAUUUAUUUAAAUAAUCGGUUUACGGAAGUGUUUCACAUUGACACCUUUACUACGGUGGUGAUAGUGAUUCAGUGCAUGGAUUGUGACUAUGAACACAUCUUUAAAAAAGUGAUAAACUUAAAUAAAAGUAAAAAACUUUCGUGCUCAAGCAGUAUUUCGCCGCCAUUGCUAUCGGAACUCGUCACGCAACGUAUCAUCAAGCGCAAGACACUUUCACGGUUGGGUACAGCGCGUUCGGGUCAUAAUCGCCUGCGCAGUACGCGUCUUGUGACUCAGCGUGUCCCGCACGUCGUAUCGCCAUAGAUCGCACAAGCGCAGAAGGCGCUCACUAUUUAUAUCAACAGUCCUGUCACUGAGAGGUGUUACGAUGUUCUGCGCGGGGUGCAAGGGAAAACUGGAUGUGGGCAAAGACUCAUUGAAGUGCAAUGCCUGUGAGUCCUACUACUGUUUGGAGUGCUUGAAUUUGGGUGCGGGAAAAAAAGUGAGUGAUCUUGGCUCCGAACAAUUGUCUGCAUUGAGAUGCCCUUCCUGCACGAAUGUAUCCCGUAGGAGACGUGGGAAUGAAUCGCCGGGUAUCCUCUCGCCCUCCAUUAGUAAGCGCUCCCCGACUGCAGGAAACGUCUUGACAAUCGAAAGCAUUAGCGAACUUUUAGACCAAAAAUUAGCACCGACCUCGGACGCAAUGAAGAACUCACGUAGUAUUUUAAUAAAAGAAGUCAAAGGCUUAAUUACCGCAGAAAUGGGCAAGAUGGUCAACGAACUGAAAGAAGAGUUCACCAAAACAACGGACUUCAUUAUGGAGGAGGUGAAAAGUUUAAAAUCCACCAUCGCUCAGAAGGACACCGUAAUUAAAUCAUUACAGAGCGAGCAAACGGUGCUUAAGGACGAAUUACACAAAAUCCGGAACCGUGUCUCUGUAAUGGAGAAAUUGUCACGUGACCGCAACGUCGAGCUCCAGGCUGUUCCCGAGAACCGAAACGAAAACGUUGUAUCAAUGGUCAAAUCCUUAUGUGAAGCCAUAGAACUACCUAUCUCGGACUCCGACAUACAUGCGUGCCGCCGAGUUGCAAAAAUGGAUACAACAUCAAAACGGCCACGAAAUAUUGUGGUCACUUUGACAUCUCCACGCCUUCGUGAUAGUCUGAUCUCGGCCGCGCACCGCUAUAAUAAGGAGCAUAGCGACAAAAAGUUGAACACCAACCACAUUGGUAUAAAGGAUGUAUGUCACCAAAUAUACGUCUCUGAACACCUGUCACCGGAAUGUAAACAAUUGUAUGCUGCGGCCAGACGGUUAGCUAAAGACAAAGGUUAUACCUACUGUUGGGUAAAGUACGGUCAGAUCUAUCUGCGCAAGAGUGAUGAAGCUGGUGCUAUACUAGUGAAAUCUAUUGAUUUUUUAAACACAUUAAAAUAAUCAAGCUUCAGUACAUUUUAUGUAUUCAUAAUUACUGUUUUAAUGUUGUUGUUUUUAAAAGAAGUAAAACAUCAUUAAAUGUUCAGUUUUUUAGGUUUCAGUUUGUUAUAGACGUAAUUGUUUUAUACAAAACUACUUCAGUUAAAGUUAAAAUUAAAAAUCAAUUCAAGUUGUACUUUACUGUUAUCUAUUUGUUGAGGGUGUAUAAGUUGGAAUGUAUUUCUACUCUCGUUUAUGUAAAAGUAAUGUUGCGAUA